AUGAGCAGUCCAUCGGAGAACAACGAACCCGGCAGAGUAGACAACCUCGUUGGAAAUGUCACCGCCGCCGCUCUCAGGGAGAUGAGGCUCGAUUCUAUGUCCCCGCAAGAACCUGACAGACCGAACCCCUCUCCCCUUCCGUUUGUUUCGGCCCGUCCGAUGGACCCUGUCGAAAUGUACUCGCAAGAGACAGAGACGACAGUGACAGAAACGUCGACCCGGGUAACUGGCGAACGGGAAACUGACACAACAGUCUACCCCAAUGACCAGCCUACCGGGGGUGACGCGGGAAUGGAAGCGGAAGACGUCGAAGUCACCGUCCUCGACCCCGAUCAUCCCUUGAUGAGACGCUUCCAGGAAGCGUUUCGGGAACAAACUCAGAAACAAAUCGAUGAGUGGGAGCUUCGGGAUCGCGAGCUCACAGCAGCUAAUAAGCGCUAUCAAGAGCAGAGAGAAGAGCUCGGAGUGAAUUUAUACGAACUCCAACAAGAACUGGGUCGUCAGCAAGCAAUUGUCGAAGAAGAACAUGACAAGCUCGCCGAAGAAGCUCAAAAGCGCCGACAAGUUGAACAAAGUCUGGCUGCGACCAAAAAGACCUUCAAGACGAAGAGCGAUCUUCUCCGAUCUGGAAUCAAGAGAAAUCAAGAGCUCCAGACGGAGAAUGAGAUGGCAAGUGGGAAGCUCUUUGCCAUGCAAAAUGCCAAGGAAGAUGUGCGAAAAGAUAUUCAGACGAUGCGCGGUGCUGCUGAAAAGGCAGACACUGAGCUUACCAAGGCCGAGCUAGAGAAACAGCGACAAGAUAUGCUUGUCCAUCGCCUUGAAGAACAGCUGGACAUGAUUCGACAAGAAAUCGACAUGUACAAUGUCCAGCGAAAAGCUCAAGAGUCAGAAACAAAGGCGACCAAAGAGCAGCUCCUUGACGCGCGUACUGAAAUCGAAUCAAUUGAAUUCGAGCACAAGCAGCUCUACCAGCAAUGGAACUCGUGUCUCCUUGGCAUGCGCAGACGAGACGAAGCCCUCGCCGCUGUGACAAAGAUCCGAAUGAACAGCGAGCAUGAGAUCAAGAAGCUUGAGACGGAGAUCGACGGGUACAAAAAGAGCAUUCAAGAUGAAGAGGAUCUCAAUGAAAAGCACACGCUCUUGCUGAACCGAAUAGAAACUGCGAUCACCAGUACCAAAAAAGAUAUCGAGUCCACUAAGCAAGAGCGAGUGGAGUGGCAGCAAAAGCAGGCUGCUUACUCUCGAAUCCUGACUGAAAAUGAUGCUGCUCUUGCUCGGACUAACGCGGAAUACUAUCAGAUGGAGUCAAAACUCGAGGCAUUCCGUAGUGUCCUUGAAAAAGAAGCAGACAAAAUCAUUAAACUUCAAGCAGUACUCAACAAGGAGCUUAUGGAUAAGAUGACGCAAGAGAAAUCGAAGGAAUUCUCUGACAAGGUUACUGGGCAAGUGUCAUUCAGAAUGCGAGAGGUUGAAAUGGAGAUUAACAAACAGACUAAUAAAGCUGCUUUGGAUGACCAGAAGAUCACCGAAACACGCGCGAAGAUCUGGGAGUCAAACGAAAAGCUCAAAGUACUCAAUGAUCGAAUCGAAGAGCUCGAUAAGCAGACAACAGACAGUGAAAAUGGCAUCACUAGAAUGCGCGCUCAAGUCGAACGCAAGCAGACUAUCAUCGAUCAAAUGUCGAAAAAGCUUCAUCAUCUCGUCGAAAACGCCGGCGGCGAAGAACUUGCACCCUUGGAAAUGGAAGUCGCAAGUUUGGGAAAAUCGCUGGAGCAGUUGUCCACCGAUAUCGCUGAAGCGGAGGUGGCCUGGCUCAAGCAGCAGCAUGAAUUGGUCAGAAUCAACCAAGAAAAAGAUCAGAAAAAUAGAGAUGUCAAAGCACUUACCAAAAAAGUCACAAUCUUGCAGCAGAAGAAAAUCAGAAUUGAAUCCGAAAUCGAAGCAGAUAAACGAGAAUACAAGGAAGUCGAGAGAAAUAUAGAAAAAUUGCGAAUCCGCAUGGAUAAAGCGAGCACCUUCUCCCACAUGAAGGAGCAAAAAGCCGUUCAACUGGAGCAGGACAACAAACUUCACGAGCUCGAGUUUAUCCAAGAACUCAAGGACAAGGAAAUGGACCUGCUCAAUCAGCAGCGAAGACUCGAAGAGCUCACUGUGAAUAAUAAACGUCUCGAGGAGGAAUUGAUUGAAACUGAGAAGCUUGUGCUUUUGUGGGAAAGAAAAAUUCAACUCGCAAAGGAAACGAUUGCCGCUGUCAACUCCGAUGUUUGCGCUGGCGAGAUCGCAAAGAUGAAGUCCGAAAUCCACCGUAUGGAGCUCAAGUACAAAGAACUCAUGAAAGAACAAGAGCGUCUCAUGCGCGAAAUGGAGCACGCCGUCACCCGCCGCGAUACGAUUCAGCCUCGACCACCAGUGCCGGGUACGCGCGAGUCCAAAACGCCGACACGUGGAAGUCUUCAGAAAAAGAUCAUGGAGCUCAAACGAACGGUCAAAAAUAUGGGCACGACGGUAAAGCAGACUGAGACCAAGAUCACUGCUCUUCGGGCGCAAUCGGAUGGACUUUCGAAUGACCUCGAAGAUAUGCAGAUCAAAUCGUCUCAGUGGGAAUCCAAAGCAAAGGAAAUUGAUGAAAUGAUCACGAGAAUGGAAGAAGAUAAACAUGUCAACCUUAUUGAGCUGGUUAUCAAACAAAAUAAGACCAAGGAAUACCAAAAAUUCUUGGAGAAAAAGUACAAGCCUGCUUGCAAGGACCCUGAAAACUUGCCGCACGAAGUUGCCAAAGUCGAGGAGAAAUUCGAGCACCUUGGCAGCGUCGUCGAUCAAUUCCGAGGAAAGAUCGGUAGUACCCCUGAAAUCGAGCGCGCAGAUCAACUUCUCGGACUCCAGCCAAAACUUUAA